UCCACUGCAACAUUAGAGGAGAGAAAGCAGAGGAGAUUUGUGUGUGUGUGUGUGUGUGCAUCUGUGCAGUGAGAGUAAAAGCACAGUGACUUCUCUUUUUUUGUGGCGUGAGUGUUGGUGGUUCACAGUAUGUGUGUGUGAGAGAGAGCGUGAGAGAAGAGAGAGAAGCAGCGUACAUGUGUGUCUGCUGUUGAAGUAGUCGCUGCUGGGUGUGAUGGCUCUUUUGCGUUAGUACUUGUGCAGACAGGAGAGUUGGAGACAGUUGUUUUGUGGGACUCGCGGGGAAUGGCAAACUCCACGGUAUCCUUGGAAACAUAUGACUAAAUGACAAUGGCUGAGGCUAUCUGCUGCACUUUGGUGAACUGUAACUGUGACAGCUUCAAGCCCGGGAAGCUGAAGAGGAGGCAGUGUGAAAACUGCAAGCAUGGCUGGGUAGCACACGCCCUGAGUAAGCUGAAGGUGCACCACAUGUACCAGAGCAGCCAGGUGGAGAUUGUGCACUCCAAUGUGGUGUUUGAUAUCUGCAGCCUGAUGCUGUACGGCACCCAAGCCAUCCCAAUUCGCCUCAAGAUUCUUCUGGACCGCCUUUUCUCAGUCCUCAAACAGGAGGAGGUCAUUCAGAUCCUCAAUGCCCUUGACUGGACACUGCAGGACUACAUACGAGGAUAUGUGCUCCAGGAUGUAGCAGGCAAGGUGCUGGAUCGGUGGGCCAUCAUGACAUUCGAGGAAGAGAUUGCCACGCUCCAGCAGUUUCUGCGUUUUGGUGAAACCAAGUCCAUAGUGGAGCUGAUGGCUCUGCAGGACAAAGAGGGUCAGGCGGUGUUGGUUCCCAGCACCCACACCAACUCUGAUAUCCGCACUUUCAUUGAGCACAACACCCCACGCACAGCUACCAAUGUCUCUACAUCCAAAGUAGAAAAGCUGAGUGGCAACAGCAUGCAUCACUUUGAGAACUUUAUCAAUAGCAUGGCCUUCAUGCUGCCAUUCCAGCUGUUAGGUUCUGUUCCUGCACCAUUUCUGGGUUCAGCAACAGCAACACUGCAGCACCAGCAACACCAGCAGCACCAGCAGUCAUGCCAUGGGUCAGUGGAGCAGCAGGGUCAGAGACGAGAUGAUCAAGGACAAGAUGGUCUAGGGAAGGAUAGCCCCCUCUCUCUUUCACACCCUCCAGAGAACAGCCUUCUAGGCUCCAGCUCUGGUUCGUUCACUGCUGAUCUAGACCGAAGUGGAGACAAGCCAAUAGACAGCUUCUCCACCACGACAAAGAUUGAGGCAGAGGACUUCUCCACCAGCGACAACUACUCAGAUGGACCUUCCACACCUAGAACACCCUCCAUGAUGUCUGAUAUAACACAAAUGUCUCCUGAGGGGAAACGGCGCUCCCUGGACAGGAACGGGAGUGGUUCUGGAGGCGGCUCUCUGAAGAAGGGUCGUGUAUUUUGCAACGCCUGUGAAAAGACAUUUUAUGACAAAGGCACACUAAAAAUCCACUACAAUGCAGUGCACCUGAAGAUUAAGCACAAGUGUACGAUUGAGGGCUGCAACAUGGUGUUCAGCUCAUUGCGCAGUCGCAAUCGCCAUAGUGCCAACCCAAACCCACGGCUACACAUGCCCAUGAACCGCAACAACCGGGACAAAGACCUGCGGGGCAGCAUCUCUGCUGAUGAGAGCUCUCAGGGAGAGAAGAGGCCUGAAUAUGGCACUGCCAUGCCUGUUUGUUCUGCAGAAAGCCAUAAGUCAGUGCCCAGCUACAUGGUCAGCCAUGUGGACAGUGGGCCUAAGCUCCACAGCAGCUCGUUUCCCAGCAUGGGCCAGAGUGGCAUCCUCUUUCCCAACUUAAAAACAGUACAGCCAGUUCUGCCUUUCUACCGCAGCCUAGUAACUCCAGCAGAGCUUGCCAAUACCCCAGGAACACUGCCCUCCCUUCCUCUGUUGUCCUCCUCUGUACCCGUUAAACCCACCACAGCUCCUGAACCCUACCUGACAGACCCUAUACCAAAGAAAAAGUCACGAAAGUCAAGCAUGCCAAUAAAGAUAGAGAAGGAGGCAGUAGAGCAAAAUGACCAGAUGUGUAACAAGAGCAGUUCUGAGGAUGAGGCUCCUUUACAGGGCAGGGAAAAGGAAGAAUGCGACGGUAGUCGAGCAGAAGAGCAUAUGUGUGCUAAACAAGCUGGGGAGCAGAAGGAGGCAAGAGAGACUGGUACAGAGAAAGAAAGGGACAGUGUCAAACAUUUGUUGGAUCAAACUUUAAAAAGAGAAGUGACAGAGAGGGAGGACAACAAUGACCAGCCAAGGCAAGCAGAAAAAGGGGUAAUCAUGUGUGCAUCCCCCCCCUUUGAAAACAGACUGAUGGAAAACCACUGUGACAACAACUUACUCUGUCAGGAACCCAGUGGCAAAGAAGAAAGGGUGGACAGGACAAACUCGCUUCAUGCAGCUAACAUGAUUUCUGAGCUUAAAUGGGAUGAGGGGGAGCACAAGCUGACUAAUGGGGGCACUCUCCAUCUCAUAGACUGUGACAGGGAGGGAUCUGAUGCCUGUGUAGAUGAUUAUGGUGACUCAGGACUGUCUCACCUCGGCCCCAAUGCUGACUUGCCACACCACUGUGAAAUCUGCAGUAAGACCUUUAAGAACUCCUACAGCGUUAAGAUGCACUACCAAAGUGUCCACCUGAAGGAGAUGCACAUGUGCACAGUGGACGGCUGCAACGCGGCCUUCCCUUCACGCAGGAGCCGAGACAGACACAGUGCAAAUAUGAACCUGCACCACAAGCUGCUGACCAAAGACUCAUUCAGCCCAGCCCACACCCUAUACCCACCCUCAUUCCGUGCUAGAAACAGAGAGUCUCUUGGCCUGGACUACUGCCACGACCAUAGAGACCCAAGCAGCCAGGCCUCUGUCAUCUUCAGAGGACACAACCGCAUGGGCCUGGUCUUCCCUAUGAGCAAGAUGUCUACAAUACCAGACAGUGCCGGGACAUCUCCCUUAGGAGAGAUGGAGGGAUUAGGAGGAGGAGAAGGUGCUGGAAGUGGGGAGGAUGGAGCAGUUCUGGACCUGAGCACCUCCUCCUCUGCCCCGCCUCGUGGCAGCAGCAGUGCUCAGUCUUCCUGGGACUCAGAUGGAGCCGGUAGCGAGGAAGGGGAAAGGAACGAAGAGGAUGAUGAGGCACUCCCCAUGGAGGACAGUGAUGAAAGCUGCGAUGGGAUUGGCGUGGGGAGACCUGGGGGUGAGGAGUUGGCACAUGGGGGAGAGAGGACCCUGGGCUGCAUUGGGGGAGGACAAAGCGGGCUUCAGGGAGGUGGGGGUGGAUCUCCAAUAACCUGCCAUGUCUGCCAAAAGGUCUACAGCAACAAGGGCACGUUCAGAGCCCAUUACAAGACUGUCCAUCUGCGACUGCUUCACAAGUGUAAAGUUCCUGGCUGUGAUACGUCCUUCUCCUCUGUGAGAAGCAGAAACAGGCACAGCCAAAACCCAAACCUCCACAGGAACCUCACUAUUAGUGCAGGUGCCAUGGUGGAGCAGGAGUAGGGCUUUGAGCUUAUAGGCCAACAUGACUGAUCCCCUUCUUUUUAAUUGUUUUUGUGGUUGUUUUUUUUUCUUUUGAGGAAGCUAAAAAAUUCUCACCAAUUAGCACUUUUAAAUUCCAUACUGUAGUCCAUUCUGUUAUCAUAUUUUGGGGAAAGAGAGCUACAAUGACAAGUUAUAUUGUUGUGGCAAAUGGAGCCACCCUUUUUCUGCAAGACUAAAAUGUAUAAAGCGUUCCAUGAAUUUAUCCGUUUCCUCAAAACAUAAAGAACAACCAAAACAUACAGCCAUCAGUAAUUUAGCUUCACCACGGAGAACUGAGGUUUUGAAAAGUCUCACUCUUUUGUUGUAAUGCAGUAUUCUUUACUGUUUGGCACUGGUUUGUGAUACAGCUCAGUUUAGACCUUAAAAGAAAACACACCUCAUUAGUAUGAACUGAAUUCUUCCAUGUCUUGUCCAAGUGAGAGUUGAAUCAUGAAAUUGUAUCAUGCAAGUGAUGUUGUUUCUGGUGUUUCUGUUGUCGAUGUCCACAGCUUCCCUGUCAAGCUGUGCAUAAUGUACUGAUCAAGAGCAGUAGUGAAGUCAUCUCUACGUCUGUCAUUUCAUUCAUCUGGACAGUGGUUUUAAAAAGAGUCUGUUGAAAAGCUAUAGUGUUGUGAGCUUGACCAAUAAGUUAUUGUAUCGUGUUAUAUGAUCUGUCUUUACUGUUCUGGUUGUUGCAUACUGCUAAUGUUG